AUGGCGGCCGACGUCAUGUCUCACCGCGGAGGGGACGCAGCGUCGGCAGGCUACAUGGGGCCCAACCGCACCUCGCUGCCCCCGCUCGUCACUUCCCCGCCAUCGCACGCAAAGCUGGAGCGGGCGAGCUCGUACGCCAGCAAGCGCAUGUCCACCUUCUCCACCACAUCCAACACACACCAGCCCGGUCCUCGCUCACGUCCGCAGUCGGUCGCCUUUCCCGCCUUCCACUCAAGUCUGCCAUACGCGCUGGUACGAGACUUCGCAUACGAGCCUGAGCACCCCCUCUACUAUGGCCCUCUCCCGCAGGAACACAGGUCAGGCGCCUCAACGCCGGCCAGCGAAGCCAACCGAAGGCUCUCGGACCCUCCGCCAGUUGCAUGGCGCACCGACCGUGGGUCGAGGGCAUCUGGCCCGCAACACCUGGGCCUGGGCGAGCAGCUGCCCAUGACGUCGUUCGGCGAUGGCCCGCCAUACAGCGAAGACGAAGACCUCGCCAGCCCCGUAGUCACGAGCCAUCACAGCGCACGGCACAAGAAGCAAAAGUCGAACCAGGUGGACUUUGACCAGACGCGUGGGCGGCGGGCUCCGGAGGAGCACAGGAGGAGCUCAGUCACCGGUGUGAACGGCGAAGGAAGCUACUAUCCCAGCCAUGUCAACGAUGCUGCCAACGGAAUCGGCGGCGAGUACAUCACAUACCCCCCCAGCUCAUCAUCGAACCUCGAUGUACCAGAAGGUGCGUCUCGACGAGACUCCCACUUUGCCGCAAUACUCCCACAGCGCUCGUACGACAACGAAGAAGGGCCACCGUACGACUCGGACGAGGGGAUGUCUGAGCCCGGCGACUACAUUCGUGACGACAACCGCUUCUCCCGCGACUACCAAUUUACGAUUGCCUCGCCGGACGAAGAAAUGCACGGGAAAGCGGUGGCGCUGUUCGACUUCGCGCGCGAGAACGACAACGAGCUGCCUCUUGUCGAGGGCCAGGUCAUAUUGGUAUCCUACAGACACGGACAGGGCUGGCUGGUAGCGCAAGACCCAAAGACAGGGGAGAGCGGGCUGGUGCCCGAGGAAUACGUGCGUUUGCUGCGCGACAUUGAAGGAGGUUGGAACGGUCUUAUGAACGGUGCGGUACAAGCACAGGAAGCGAACCCAGGAUUGGACAGCUUGCUCAGCCCUAUCUCGGCUGGUCCAGAAGCUAAGACGCCUACGCAGGCUGACCACUCCUCGUACACGCCCGUCAUCUCUACCUUCUCAACGAGUCACAAGGACCUGGAGCCCUACCCGAAAGACCGGCUCGCCACACCAACGAACGCUGAGGGAGGAAGCUUCGGCAAAGGGAAAGAAGGCGGUCCUAUGGAGGGCGUCGAGACUACGCCUGAGCCUCAGUCCAAGCGCCAGAGUUCAUGA